AUGAGAUUCGCCGGUCUCGUUUCGUUCCUGCUGCCCUUUGCGGCAGCUCAGACAUUCAGCAACAAUGUCAUCUAUGAUCCUCCAAACAACUACACGGACCCUCAGGUCCUGUAUGCUCGACCUGUUGAGCUUUCGGAUGGCACCCUCCUGGCCACUUGGGAGAACUACUCCCCCGAGCCUCCUCUGGUGUGGUUCCCCAUCGUCAAGAGUGUCGACGGCGGAAAGACCUGGAAGGAGAUCUCCAGGGUUCGUGAUCAGGUCAACAACUGGGGUCUGAGAUACCAGCCCUUCCUGUACCAGCUUAAGGAAGAUAUUGGCGAUUUCGAGGCCGGCACUGUCCUCAUUUCUGGUAGCAGCAUUCCUACCAACCUGAGCCACACCCAGAUCGAGCUCUAUGCCAGCCGUGAUCUCGGUUAUACUUGGGAGUUCGUCAGCCACGUUGCUGCUGGUGGCGAGGCCAGACCUGAGCACGGUCUCACUCCUGUUUGGGAGCCUUUCUUGAUGACCUACCAGGGAGAGUUGAUCCUGUACUACUCUGAUCAGCGAGACAACGAGACUCACUCUCAGAAGCUUGUGCACCAGCGAACCAGCGACCUUCUCACUUGGUCUGACGUCGUUGAGGACACCAAGUAUGCCGACUACUACGCCCGACCUGGUAUGCCCACUGUCGCCAAGCUGCCCAAUGAUGAGUACAUCUACGUCUAUGAGUACGGUGGCGAGCCUUCUGCCGGCACGUACUGGUUCCCCGUCUACUACCGCCUCUCUGAGGACCCUCUGGCCUUCCUUGAGGCUCCCGGCCAGCAGGUUGUCUCCGAUGAUGGAACCAAGCCCGCCGGUUCUCCUUACGUCGUGUGGAGCUCCUAUGGCGGCGAGAACGGAACCAUUGUUGUCAGCUGCGGCACCAUGCCCCAGAUCUUCACCAACCAGGCUCUUGGACACCCCGACGCUUGGAAGAAGUGGGAGGUUCCUCAGCCUACUGCCUACACUCGGGCUCUGCUUGUCUUUGAGGAGGACCCUGAUCUGCUCAUGAUUAUGGGAGCUGGUGACCUGCCCCCUGGCAAGACCAACGAGGUCAGCGCCAGCGUUGUUAGGCUGUCUGAGGUUAUGAAGGCCUAG